UUGCAUUGAGUUCCGCGCAGAGUUAAUCUCGUCCCUUUUGCGAUUUAAUGAGUUACAGUCUUUACACAAUUAUGUAUAAGGACGGUGCAUCAUAUAUGUACAUAUGAAAAUAUGUAGUGUGUAGAUUAUGCGUUUACACCCAGAACGAGUAUUUAAACACGUGCUUCGUCCUAUAUAAAUAAAGUUUUCUCUCGGCGACCGCAAAGAUGGCUUCCUCUUUACUGAAGGUUGCAGUUACAGGGCUAUCGAGAUGUGCCUGGCACACUUUACCCUCAGUGAGGGCUCUGUCUCUGACUUGUCCCGUCAGUCAAGGUGUACCUCUGUCAUUGUGGAAGUUGGGCAGGCUGAAUCACGUGGCUAUCGCAGUGCCAGACCUGGAGAAAGCCACAGCCCUGUACCGUGAUGUGCUGGGGGCUCAAGUGAGCGACACCGUGCCUCUUCCUGAGCAUGGGGUGUACACCGUGUUUGUGGAACUGGGGAACACUAAACUAGAGCUUCUGCACCCUCUGGGAGAGAAAAGUCCAAUUGCAGGAUUCCUACAGAAGAACAAAGCUGGAGGGAUGCAUCAUAUCUGCAUUGAGGUGGAUGAUAUCAAUGCAGCAAUAGUUGAUUUGAAGGAAAAGAAAAUCCGCCUGCUCUCCCCAGAGCCACGGAUAGGAGCUCAUGGCAAACCUGUGAUGUUCCUCCACCCUAAAGACUGUGAUGGGGUUCUUGUUGAGAUAGAACAGGCCUAGAUAAUAAACAUUGCCACCUCUAUCUUGCAAAUCAGUGACUUUGAUUAGGCUGUUGUGUUCUGCAGCUUAAAUGUAUUAAGUGAUAUAUGCAAAGAUUUGCAGACAACCUGUUAUGGUGUGUUUGAGAUUUAUGAUACUUAUGUAUUCAUUCUUAACAUGAUUUUCUUCAAUGACUUGAAUAAAUAGUUAAUUUCAUAAUUUAAAAGAAUAAUUUAGUGUGUAACAUUUAUUAAUCACUUUUAUAUUUGCGCUUGCAGGCUACACUUGAUAUUUUAGAUUUAAAAAAACAAUUUACUGUCAGAACAAAGAAACAAGCUAAAUGAAAUGCAUUUUAAAUACUAUAAAAACAAGUUUAUAAAUGUGAAUUAAAAUCCUAGCAAGCUUCUCAUCUGACUCUCAAUGGAGUAGACAGAUUGAAGCUUUCUUUUAUUGUUUUUUGGCUGACUUCCAUGUAUUUGGAAGGCAAGCUGGCUUAUACCCAUUCCUCCGCCAUAGACAGCCCUCUGCCAAAUGGAAAGUUGUUUUUGUUUUUACGCCUUAAAUCUUCUUUAUAAAAGAGAUAACUAGAGGAGUGGUAUUGGGAACUGAUGUUUUGUGGCUUCUGGUUUUGUCACUAUGUGCUCUCAGAGGUUUUGUUUGAACUUGCUUCUGCAGCACUGUUAGAAUAAUUUCCAGUUUUAAGCUGUUUUUGACAUUUCAAUUUAUUUGGCAGUCUGAAUAGGCACAGCAAUCUUUCCAGGGAAAUUCACACUCAGUCUGUCUGUCACAGUUUGUUUGAAUAUCUUCUCUUUUUGCCUGUGCUAGACUGCAACUUGUGAUAGAUCUGUCCAUCUAUAUUGUAAGCAUAUAUUAUUAAAGCUUUAAAUAUUUAAAAUAAAGGCAUAAUUUUGUA